GAAGGAAACCGAAUUGCGCGAAGACAAGUCAACACAACCGGCCAGUCCACAUCGUUAGAUCUACUGACUGCCCUGUCGCCCAGGCAGAUACCGACGACUCUCUUCAAAAGUCAUGUAGUUUUUUUAUACAGUAGCGAGUGUGUAGAUUGCAGUCGUCAGCCUACCACAGAUGCGCCAGCUCACAUGACCAUUCCGGAAAUUUUCUUCCGUUCGCGGGGCAAUAAUAAUAAUUGUCAGUUUUCCACGAGUAGAUCUACUAUUUCCACAAGGGUGCAUCUCAUGCGCCAGUGCUGUGUAACUAACGUGGAGUCGCUACCUGCGAUAAUUUAGUAGUUUUGGAUCAGUCCAGGGUGUCGUCCCGCACCACAGGCAAAACCUUUGGGAUUGAUUGAUUGAUUGAAGAAACAUUCUUGGUGCAAGAAACCGGCUGGUCACGUUAGUGGUAAACCCAGGUCUGAGGAGCAUGUGUUGACUAGAGUCUGGGGAUUCUUUGCGAGUCGGAGAUGUUGGUGGUGGUUGUCGACAAGAGCGCGUAGUGGCCGCAUCACCCCCGUGUCGUGCUGUGCUCCACCAGCACUGCGGGGCAGUACCAUACUCCAUAGUCGCCUGUUGUAUCGUGGUCCUGUGGGGCCGACUGGCAACGCCGGACGAUGAGCGCGCUAAAUGUGGAGCGGUCCAGAGAGAAGAUUGCUCUGAGCCGCGAUGCAGUGCAGAAGAAGACAUUCACAAAAUGGAUCAACUCCCACCUUGCGAAGACUGGAGUGGUUGUGGAAGACCUGUACUUUGAUUUGCGUGAUGGCCGCAACCUAAUCCAGCUGCUGGAAAUGCUCACAGACACCAAACUGCCCAGGGAGAAAGGUAGCUUACGCUUCCACAAGUUGCAAGACCUCAACACUGUUCUCGGGUGCCUGGAAAGGCGAAAGAUCGACACUAUCAACAUCACAAACACCGACAUCUUGGAUGGAAACUCAAAGCUUACUCUUGGCUUGGUGUGGCGGCUCAUCCUGCAUUUUCAGAUUUCCACUGUGACAGUGCCACAUGCAGAGGAAGGUGUGCCCGGUAGCAGUAGGAAGGGUCCGUCUGGUCCGGUUACCGAAGUCAAACAGGUCAUCAUUAAAUGGUGCCGAGCAGCCACGCAAGGCUACCCAGGUGUGUCCGUGGACAAUUUCAGCACCAGCUGGAAAGACGGCCUGGCCUUCAAUGCAAUACUCAACCGAUUCCGUCCGGACAUGGUGGACUUUGAUAGUCUGCAUCCUGGUGACAACAUGGCCAAUCUUCAGCAGGCAUUCUCCGCCUUUGAAAGCGAGUUUGGUGUCAUUCAGCUGCUGGAUGCUGAAGAUUUCAAUAUGGCCGUACCAGACGAGAACUCCAUAUUGACGUACAUAUCCCUGCUGAUCAAAGCUCUUCCUGAAAACAUUCCAGCACAUCCUAAAUAUGCCGCGGUGUCGGAGAAGUGGAAAGAGUACGAGAGCUUAGCGACUGAGCUCAUGUCGCUGGUGACUGAAAAAAUGGCAUGGUUGGAGUCAACGAAAUCUUUGACGGAUAUAGAAGCCCUGAAGGCGGUUGUUCAAGAAGCUGGGGAGUUCCAGCGGAGCUCUCUUCCUGUUUGGGCUUCUUCAAAGGACAGAGCGGAGAAUAUCUACAGUGAAAUUGAGGAGAUCAAUGGACGUCUAGAUCCUAAGUUUCCCAUCCAGGAGCAACUAGCAAUGGACGUCUUGGAUGAGGCGUGGGCUGAACUGCUUCAAGCGUUCGAUGAAAAUGUUCAAUUGUGGAACAAAGCUCUUGAAAGCUGUGAAGAAAAUGGCCGAAAUGAACAGCUCCAGGUUCAGCUGGAGCAGCUUGACAAGCUCCUCGUGGCACAGGUUGAAGCCGUUAAGUUGAUUGACGAGCUGACGGAAGCAUCGAAGGACUCGACGGGAGCACGUGAACGGCUCGAGGAAGUCCAGAUUCAACUGCAGACUAUUGAGCAAUCAGUGCGGGUACUAAAUGAGCGAAUUGAGACCACAAUGCCCGGUAUCAGCGGAGACGACUCUUUCAAGCAAAGGACGCAACUGCUCAACGAGAACUUGCAAGGUCUGAAGUCUGGUCUCAAAGAGCGUAUGACGAGCUUGGAUCACAAGUCAGCCGCCGCCUCGGAGUAUACUCGCAAGUUCACAGAACUUUCAAUCUGGCUACAGGGCUGUGAGGAAGGCUUGGCCAGUGCCCAGUGGUCAUCUGACACUACAGUUGCCAAGAAGUUGCUUGAGGAAUAUGAGACUGUACAUGCCGAGAUCGUGUCGAAAGGAGACGCUGUGCACGAGUUCUGUUCCCGGGAGAUUGUGCCAGGUCAAGCUGAUAUGGACGUCAAACUUGAUCAAAGGUACCAUACGUUGAAGGGCGACAGUGAGUCACGACUCGCUUUGUUACAAUGGUGUAUCGAUGCUGGUGACAUCUUGGAGUGGAUCAAAGUACAGGUCGACCCGGAGCUGCUGCGUGACAUGGCCAAUAGCGACGUGGACGACAUGGCUACAUGCCAAGAGAAACUCAAUGAAGCCAUGGAUGCGAAAGAAGGGGAGGUUGUUGCUUUUGGGGAGCGAUUUGAGGCGUUCGCAUCAAAGUUGCCAGCAUCCAGCCGGAAACCUUUGCUGGCUAUGCGUAAGCUGGUCCGGGACAAAUGGGAAGAGCUGGAGAAUGUCUAUAACUCCAUGGAGAGCAAUAUUGAUCUGAUUGACAAGUAUCAAGAGGCCAAAGAAAAAUUCCUUGAAGGCCAGGAGCAGCUGAAGCAAGCACAAGCACUGCUGGUUAAGGCACAACAAGAAGGUACCAAAUCAGAGCUUGCUGAAGCCGAGCAAGCACUAGCCAAUUUGUCCACCUUUACCGAGGAUGUGGCUGCCUUAGCUGCGGACGCUUCUCCACUUCAUAAACGCUGGGAAGAGGCGCCGAAGAAGUUCUUUGUGUAUGCUGUUUCCACCAUGAAUAUUGGGAAGCUAACCUUGACACAUGCGGAGGAGUGCCUGCUCAUUGACAAUUCAGACAAGCGAUACUGGAAGGUAGCAACAACUGCAGGGUCGUUUCUUGAACUUCCAUCGCCACUGUUGAAGUUUCCCCCUCCGUGUAAUGAGUUCCUGACUGAAGUGCAAAGUCUGGAAGCAGGCAUUUCCGAAGGUCGGGAUCGGAUCUCUACGAUAACUAAACAACAAGAUAGUUCUGUGAAGAAGGCUACUGUUCUUGCCGAUGCGGAGGCCUUGUUGUCUCUCGAGCUCGAUGAGACAUUCGAUUCCCUUCGACUUAGUCAUGAAGAGCUGCUGGAACGGUGCAAGCUGAUGAUCCCAGACUUGUUGGCCGAAGAGGACUCUAUCACUCUGGAGAAGGUCCGGGCCGCUGAGCUGCACUGGCAGUGGUUGUGCACGGAGCACAAAGCCAAAAGAGAACAGCCAUACAUGGAAUUCCACACGUGGAUGACUGACGUGGAGAGUAGGCUCAUCAGCCAGAGUGACCUGCCGUGUGAGGUGCUUCGAAUACGCUCAAAGUUCCAGGAGCCUUUGCAGGGGAUGAAAGCUGAUAUCAGCGCACGAAAGAACCAACUUGGCGCGCUAGAAGAACUACGCGAGGACUUUUGCGACGACGUCGAGAUUGCUCGAGAACGGUAUGCACUUAGUUCGGAGACAUGUGGUCAACGCGCCGCACUCGUGGACAAGGUGGCUGCCUCACUGUCUGAGUACAACGAGGGACGACAGUUUGCCAUGACGUGGCUUGAGAACGCUGAACGCCUCCUGGAGGAUCUCCAGCAUGCUAGCACCGGCCACGACGAUCUGAAGCAACAGUUGGAUCGUUGCAGGGAGCUGCAGGAUGAUGCCGAAGAAAAGGAAGAGACAUUCGCUACAUUUUUCAGUGUGGGCCAGACGACAAGUGACACUGCUCAGGCCUGGCAGGAUUUGUUGACUGCGUACAUGGAGCAGCUAAAGCAGGUCCUCACUGCUGAAUUGCUGCAAAUGGUCGGUCACAGCGUCCUUGCAGAAGAGGAGCAAGAUGAUGUGAAACUGGUGAUCGACGAGAUACCAGAUGAGCUGGUAGCCAUCUCAGAGCGUUUUGAGGCUGUGGUGACGGCUAUUCGUCGAGAAGAGAAGCGACUUAAACAGCAGCUAGGCAAGUCCGGGCGCGUGCACGACCUUCUGGAUGAAGUGGCUGCCUGGCUGAAGGAAUCGGAGCGCAUCGCCCUCCAGGAGUCAGCAUCUGCUAUUCCUGCAAAUCUCGAUGAUGUGGAGAACCACAUGGACAUUCUUCAAGAGCUGGAGGACGGUUCUGUUGUCCAGGAUGCACUGAUGAUGCAGGCACUGGCAGCGUACGAGGACUUCGUCGGCUUCGGCAAUAAAAAUUCGACCGACGGGCCAUCUGUGGUUGCGGUACUGCGUGAACGGCUAGACACGUUCAGGGAUGCCACGUUCAAGCGCAAGCUGUUACUGCGAGACUUGUACGAGAAGACGGAAGCGCUUGAACGUCACUGCACUGAGGAAAUGUACUUCCUGGCCAGUGCCGAAGAGACGGCCAAGCACCGGCAGGCACCAUCGUUGGACAUGGACCAGUUGAACGAGCAAAUCGCUCAGCACAAUGAAUUCCACCAGGCCUUAGAGGGCAGGCAGACACAGAUAGACGCAGUGAAAGUGAUUGGCGAGGCGCUGCUGUCGAAUCAAGUUGCCGAUACUGCCAGCAAAGAUCACCACCGAGCCUCGCUCACAGAUCUACUGACCAGCAAUGGCCACCUCCUCUUGCAGUCCGAGGCCAGGAAAAAGCAGCUGUCCAACGUUAAGGAACAUCUUGAGACAUUUUCACAGCUGCUUGAUCCAUCCACUCAGUGGAUAAGUAGCCUAGAAGAUCAGCUGUAUGCUGAUGGUCCUCCAGCCGUGGAUGCACCCACGUUGAAGAAGCAGACAGAAAGAGUGGAGGCUCAUCACCAGUCCCUGCAGGAGCAGAGCAAGCAACUGGCAGGAAUUCUAGCAGCUGGACAGCAGCUUCUCCUGACGCUGUACAUGAGCUCCAGCAGUCGAGUGACAAUCACGCACAAUCUCAAGGAAACCAACGCCAGCACUGGUGAUGUGGUUAAGGAGGAAGCUCACAAGCAGGAGUCUGAGCGCACGCAACAGUCCGACGCCCUUGUUGGCUCGGUGGGCUCCAAUGCCAGCGCAUUGUCCGGUACAAUCAGCCUUGGCGAUAUCCCUGCCGAACGGUUUGUAGUGGACCGGCAGAGCAAAGGCGACGAAACCGACGGUGCCGUGAGAAUCGAUGUGCUGGGAAUUGCUGAGGAUGCUGUUGCAGAUGGAUCGGCCAGCUGGGUGCAGAAAGAAUGCAUUGGAGUGCCGAAGCGCUACCAAGCUGCAGCUCAAUCCUGCGUUGUGCGCAUUAGAGAGUUAGCGACAAUGAAGGCUCAUGUUGACAGCUUUGAUGCCAUCUUUGCACCACUGAUGGCAAAUUUACUGGAGUUGAAAGCGAAGGCAUCCGAGGACGCCAGUGUUGAUGGUGACAAAAGUUCAAUAGCUCCGGCUCUGUUGCAAGAGCAGCUUGACGCAACAAAGGCUGCUGUGAAGGUGCUCAGUGAGAAGGCACCAAAAGUGAGCGCAGUUCUGGAAUCGGGACGCAGUGUUCUUGACAAGCACAGCGUGGCAUUGGACUCCCUGAAAGAAGCCAUCGCCAAGCUGUCCGCACACCGCGGUGCAGUUGUUCUAAAUGCAGAGGCACUAGAUACGGAGACUGGCCCGGGGGUGCAGGCCCUGCAUGCCAAGCUGGCCGACUUGCAGAAGCUGUGGGAUGAGCUGAACAACAGGAUGCAGGCGAGUCAUGCUGAGCUGGAAGCCACGUUGAACGUGUCAAAGGACCUGAACAAAACAGUGGAAGGCCUCCAUGAGGAGAUCAGCGAAGUCGGCGAACUGUGUGAGACCUUGGGAUCACUCUCUUCUGAUAAGAUUCAGCUGACCAAGCAAAUAGAAGACUUAAAGGCUGCCAAUCGUCAGCUGGCGUCUGUGCAGACAAAAGCGGUGGCGCUCUCUUCAUCCACUGCCAGCAGUCCAGCAAUGAAACGUUCACUGAGCAAGCUACAGCAAGACUGCAAGGAUCUGGAGGCAACGCUAAGCAGACGGGAGAAGGCCAUUGGCGAGUGCCGCGUCUUUCUCGACACCGUGGAGAGUCUCAAUCCGUGGUUGUCCGAGAAGGAGGCCUACAUUGCAGCACUGCCCACGUCCAAUGCUGACCUGCUGGAGGCAUUUGUCACCGGUGUCCGAGCACAGGAGCAAGCCAUCACUGAAGCCUCUACACAGGCAUCGGCUCUCGGCGAUGACUAUGGAGAUCUGAUGGACAAGGAGGGCUAUGAGAUGGUUGCUAGCUCAUUGCUCAAUCAAUAUCAAGCUCUAAACGUGGCUGCUGGCAAUGGCUUCAAGAAUGCUUUGGGAAAGAUCAAGACAGACAGCGAGAGGUGCGAACACGAUAGCAAGUCUGUUGUGACUGCUACUGCUCUGCCACUAACGGUCACUAGCAUCAAGGCACAGCAAGAUAGGACUCAGGACCUGGCCCGUGCGGUGGAAUCCAAUAAGAUCCAGCGCGAUGACCUUGCGGCCGUUCUUGAAAGACUGCGCGGUGAUGGAGUAAAUGGCAUGGUGGUCGACCCCGCACUGGGUGAACUCGGGGGUCUGGAGAGUCUGAUUGCCGGAACAGGCGCUGAAUUGGAGCAGCGCUUGCAAACACUCGACACAGCGGCAUCCCUUGUCAGUGCUCAUGAGAUGGCCAGCUCCGGCGUUUCCAAGUGGCUGUCCAAAAGCGACGAUCGUCUCUCGGGUAUUACUGAGGAGAUCAGUGACAAUCGUUCACUGCUUGGACAGCAAGCGGGGGAUCUGAAGGCCCUGAUAGCCACGGUUGAAGAUCAGCAAUCAUCUGUUAGUGAGGCACAAGCUGCCAGCCAAUCUUUGCUGGACUUUGCUGACAAGCAUGGUGCACAGGAGAGCGAUAUGGCAACGGUGCAAAGCAACAUUCACAAGUCCCAAGCACAGUAUGACAAGCUGCUGCAGGAGGCAAAGUCAGCGCUGGCGGACGUGGAGGCACAGCUUGAAAACGUCAACCAGUUCGAGGGCACAGCACAGACACUCAGCGAUUGGCUCGACGAGCAACUGAAGUCACUAGAUGAUGCCCGCUGUGUAUCAGGAGAGACCAUGUCUGCCUUUGAAGAGAAGUUACACUCCCUUGAAGCCAUCAGUGAUGGCAUUGCCAGUCGUGAAGCUGAUAAAACCACCCUCUGGAAAUCAUCCCUGCGCAUUGCUGAAGCCAAGAAGAAGGGCCGGCACUCCAAACAAGCCGCGGGAACGUCAGUCGGUGAGAAAGCAUCGCUUGUCGAGCAAAAAUGGCUGGACGCAACAGCGCUGCUAGAGAAACGACGCCAAGAACUAGAUGACGCCCUGAAGUAUGCGACAGCAACAACGGGCGACAUAGCUCAGCUGGAGAAGUGGGUGAAGGCCACUAGAGCGUGCAUUGAUAAGCUUCCAGUAGCUGGCUGUACAACGGCUAUUCUGCAGAAGCAACAGUCUGACUUAGAGCUGACCAAGAAAGAGCUGGCUGUUGGAGAGUUGUCAUUAUCUGAAGUCUCAAGCAAGUGCCAAGGAAUGCUCUCGGAUGAGUCUCUUCAACAGCGGCUGGAAAAGGCAGAAGAAGACCUCAAGUCGUUGGAGAGCUCAGUAGAAGGAAAGCAGGAAGAAUAUAGAAAUGGCCUGGAAACUGCUGAAGAGUUUGGCAUCAGAUCGGACGAGAUGGUGGAAAAGCUUUCGGACAUUGCCGAAGGGUCGUCGGCUUAUCUCCUGAAGCAGCCACCCGCAUCAUUGGAACAGCUAGCGGUUGAACAGCAAGCUACGGAGGCGUUGCAGUCGCAGGUAACUGACCUGGACGACAGGAUAGCAGCCGUGCUGCAGCUGGCUGACAGUAUGCUGCAGCCGGUUGAUGGUGCAUCACGUGAAGGUGCUGAGGAGAUCCAGGCUAGACGUGAUGAGCUGCAGGGUCUGCUCGAGCAGAUCAAGAAGGACAUUGACGCCCAGCAGAAGCACCUGGAAGAUGCGACGCGUGUCGCCCGCGUAUUUGAUCAGAAGUGCAAGGAUGUUGAAGAACCGUUUGCCGAAAUGGAGAAACUCUUGGUGCAGAAGGAUGAAGCAGUGAGGCCACAGUCAUUGUCUGCAGACAAUGUUAAUGGAGAACACGACCUUGUCCCCAGCUCCAGCAGCAAGAAACCAAACCUAUCUGUGAAUGCUCUGAUGUCCAUCAUACAAGAACUUGCUACGAAAGAGCCCGAUCUGCAUGGCAUCCAGCUGGCGGCCGAGGACGUGAAGAAAGUCUGCGAUCCCGACGAGUAUGCAACGGUUGACAAACAGGUUGAAGACAUAGUGCUGCGUUGGCAUGAACUGCAAAGAGAGGCCAUGCAACGCUUGGGCGAGAUGGAGACAGCUGCCAAGUAUGCUGUUGGCUUCCAGGAGAAGCUUGAGCCAUUCUUAGAGUGGCUGAAGGACUUUGAGGAGAUGAACAGUGCACCCAUUGGCCUGACUCACAAAGAAAUUGAGGCAGUCUUCCUGGAUGUGCAGGCCAUGAGUGAUACGAUGGCUCUGCAGAAAGCUGACCUACAGGAACUGUGGGUGGCCGCAGAGGACUUGAUGGAUCAGUCGCACGCCGCGUCUGGUCGUGUCCAGCAGGAGAUGGAUCGGAUCCAGGCCAGCUUCAACAAGCAGGCCACAUGCAUAGCCGCUCGCCUGGAGAAGGUACAGAAGGCUCUGCACGCGGCCACCGACUUUGAGCAUCCGUUUGCCGACCUGGUGAACGAGAAGAGUGCCCUUGAGGUGAACAUCCUCCACCCCGAGCCGCUCACAGGUAGCCUGGAGGACUCGCAGCAGAUGCUGGUGGCUACUCAGGAAGUCCACGAGAAGACGACCAUGUUUGCGCCACAGGUGGAGGCCGUUCACCGUGCCGGAGAAAACCUCUUGCUGCACACGGAGUGCGAGCAGGCCCGUAAAGACCAGUUCAACGACACGCUCGAGGACUUUCAGGCAGCCUGGGGAGUACUGCAGCUUCGUGCAGGCCUGCGUGUGGAGAAGCUGCGCUCGGCCAUAGCUCGGAUAGAGGUGUUUGUGUUCAAUCACCUCUCCCCAAUGCUGGAUUGGAUGAGUGGAGUGGAGAUGCUGGUCUCACCCGAUAGACCUAUUCUGGGUGAUAUAGACGCUAUGCACACCAUUGCUACCGAAUUGGAGGAAGUGGCAGAUGCUCUGAAGCAGCAGGAGCCUAAGUAUGUAGCUGCGGACACCACCGGCCGACACUUGGUCAAGGACGUUCUUGAUGAUCCGUUCGUCACGGAAGAGCAGCUUAUCGAGCUGAAUCUCCGCUGGGAGAAGAUCAAGUCGCAACUGUCACUGCAACAGCGACGUGUGGCAGAUUCCCUGAGCUCUGUGAAGGAGCUUGACGACCAGCUUCAACAAGCUCUGCACUGGCUCAACGAUUCCCAGUCACAGUUGAGUGGAAUGGGGUCCGUGUCUUCCGUGGACUUGGCUACUGUGGAAGCUCAGCUCCAGGAGAUUCAGGAGUUUACGUCAGGUCUAGAUACAAAGUUCCCUGAGGUGCGGGCCCUGUUGGAGAGAGGUCGCAAACUGUUGGCGGCAGACAAGCAAGGUCGCCGCACCGCCCAGUCCGACAUGUUAGAUGAACUCGAUCAACAGUGUAGCGAUGUGCUCUACCAGGCUAACGAGCGAACUGUGGACAUCGAGGCAUCAAUCCUUGCCCUGCGUGGCUUACAGGAUGCAGUCAGUGAGUUGCAAGCAUCCAUCAAUGCGGUGGACACACGACUAGCCGACUGCGAGUCCGAGGCAGUUUCAGGUGACCUGCCGGGUGUUCGUGCUCAAUUGGAUGUUGUGAAGCUUCUCCAAGAAGAUAUGCACCAUCUUCAGCCCCGCAUGGAUGUCCUGAGCAAAGCACUGCGUGAUGCUGGACGUCAGGACCGCUCCUUUGCCGAUACAGAUCCUCAAAUGAAAGCCAUAGGCGAGCUCCAGCGUCAAUGGAAGCUUCUGUGGCUGCGAGCAUCGCAACGGCAGAGCUCCCUUGAAGACGUCCUAGGCCAGCUGCAUGAUGCUGAAGCAGCUAAGAACUUUGACUACAAUGCCUGGAGAGACGAGUUUGUUAGAUGGCUGGACGAGCACAACAUCCGUGCGUUGGAUCUCUUCAACUGGUCAGAUGACAAGUUACGGAGAGAGGCGUUCGUUUCAGGCCUGGAAAAAUGUGGCCAUCCCAUGAGUCGUGUGGAGAUCAGUCGUGUCGCUGACAUGUUUGAGCCAAAAGGCAAUGGCAUCAUUGACUACUGGGCGUUUGCGGCUAGCCUGCGACCUGAUCGUCAGGUGAAGUUCAAACACAAGCCCAAGAACGAAGCAGAGCAAGUUGAUCAAGAGGUCCGUCUAGCAGUAUCUCAUUGCACGUGUGCCAAGCAAUUCCGUGUACAGCAAGCGGGAGAUGCACGCUACAUGUUUGGCGAUUCCGAAAUGAUUAGAAUGGUACGUAUAUUGCGCACAUUGGUGAUGGUACGUGUCGGUGGUGGGUGGCAGAAUCUUGACGAGUUCCUCAACAAACACGACCCCUGCCGUGCCCAGGCCAAUGCAGUGCUGCUGAAAGACCUGCGUGCAAGAAAGCUAUCCGGCAACGCGGUCAAACAGGACUCCAUGUCCUCAUUCAUGUCGCACACCCAGUCCAGCCUUCACCAGCGCCACAACCAGUCGCUGCAGGCAGCAUCCUACGACGCGCAUGCCAACGUCAGCAGCAAGUCAUCCGGUGGCCGGCGGCAGAACGUCGUGACAAAACGAGUGCCGGUCGAGAAAGGCAAGCCGGCACCGCACGUCAUUGACGGUGACAGCUCAUCCCCACGCAUACGUCGCACGUACAAGGUUGAUGUACAAACCCACAGUGAAUCGUGUGGUCAUCAUCAGCAUCAACGUACAUCCGGUGAGUACAGUCCGUUUGGCCCGCAGCCAUCGUCUGCUCUGUCCAGUACGGAGUCGAGAGCUGCACGGCAGCGAUCCACCUCGUCAGUAUCACCCGUAGCCAAGCAGUUGACCUACACUACUGUUUCGGCGGUUCAGACAACGAGCACCAGUGCACGCUUGCCCGGCAGGCCUCCAACAAUACUGUCGCCGCCGAUUCAAGCACCGAUACAACCACCUCCGGCAGCAGUGACGGCUUCACAUACCACUAGGUCCAGUGCAACGUCACCCACAUCCGCUGCCUCAUCUGCCACACUCAGCCCCCGCUCGCCGAAACUCAAACGCAAAUCGUCCUUCAGUAAAAUACCCGUCCCUAAAUCAGUGGCAGCACAGUCGAAAAUUCCCUCUCCGGCUCAAUCAAAAAUACCGACCCCGAAGAAAUCCAGGUGAAUUACUUCAAACAAAACAUGUGGACAACCAUUAUCUUCCAGUAGCAUUCAUUCGUCUUAAGAAUCUCUAAGUAGUGGAAGGGAUAAAAGUCAAGUAACAGAUUAUAUCUAGACAGCAGCAGCCGCAGCAGCCGCAGUAGUAUUCCAGAGUACUUUUAUGGUGUGAAACUACUACUAAUGAACAUGAUGCUCUCAUGAACUUGUCAGUUGGAUUCAUUGUGUGUGUGUGUGAUGACAAUAUAAUUAUAACAUAGUACAGUCGUGUUUUGGAAAACUCUCAAAACCAGCUUAUGUACAAAAACUCACAAGAAUAUUUUGCAAAUCACAACAAUAAACUUUCAUGUUCAUGUUUCAUACUUCAAUUCAACUUUUCUUUGACUGCUUACUUUAACUUAACCAUCAUGUUUGUUGCAUCAUCAUAGUUUUGGUAUUUUUGUGAAUUGGCUGCAGGCCAAAAAAAGUUUUUAAAGAGCUCUCUCCGUUUUAGA